CGGGUAACAUCGCAACAGCCAAGCCCAUGACCCAACCUGCAAGGGGAGGUAGGGGAGGUGCGCCACGCCCAGCAACAACCGGGGUGCACCUGGUGCGCCGAGUUCUGCAUUUUGCUCAAUCGUGUAAGCUGACGCGCACGCGGGUCAGCCGCCGGGGCGAUGCUGCUUCCCUCGGGCCAGGGGGGGCAAGUCAUCCGGUUCACGUCGUCUACGGAUACUAGUAUAUGCAAUACAAUACAAUAACUACAGCCUUCGACUACUCGGUUCGCCAACGCGCUUCUGCAGGUCUCAAGAGCCUCCACCUCGACGUGCUGGGUCAACAAUCUCGCGAUCCCGUCACUUUGCAACGUUGCCAGCAAUGUCGAAGCGGACGGUUUUUACCACAGUAACGCCGCUCCCGGCCGGCAUCUCGCGUCAGAUCGUCCUCGAUUUCCUCCACGAUCACCAGGAGAUGAUAGACUUGAACCCUCUAGUCAAGGAACGCCACCCGAUUCCGCCGCCGAGCCACGCUUCGGCCGACGAAUACCGCUGCCAGUGGUACUCUUUGACGGACAAGAUCUCUUACUUCCCCGGCGUGGCCGGCGAUGUCACCUACACUUGCGCUUUUAACGAUCUGCCAACCGGCCUUGAGACCCACUGCUAUGCGCCGGCUGGCCUAAGUUAGUUCUCUCGCUUCCCAUCGCUAUAGCGCGAACGCCGCAAGUGUUCUAACAAUCCCGGAGCAAUCCGCGACAAAUGGACCGUCGGCGG